AUGGUCGUAACUAGAUCAAAGCGAACAAGAAAAGAAGUUCUGUAUAAGGAUGUUAGUGACGCAGAGGAUGGUUCAACCUCACCAUCAACUGAAACCAAUAGAGUAGAACAAGUUGCAGCAACACCAACAGCAACAACAACAACAACACCAGCAAAAACAAAGACUAAAACAAAAACCAAUACCAAUAACAAAAAUAAACGUCGUAAAGUACAGCCUUCAACAUUAGAAGAAGAUUUUGAAGAGAAUCCAUUAUUUUUAGCAUGUUCAAAUGAAGAAGUUAAUAUAUAUGAUUUAGCACAAGAAUGGAUUGAAUCAUAUGAAGAAGAAACUUUACCAAAUUUAAAAAAUUUUACAAAUUUAAUGAAUUUAAUAUUAAGAAGUUGUGGAUCUUUACAUUUAUUUCAACCUCAUGAUCUUUUAAAUUUAGAUAGUUCGGAACAAACAAUUGAAGAAAUUACAAUGAUUUUUAGUAAUCAAUCAACUCAUAAAUUUGCUUUUAAAUUAGUUCCAAUUUUUAAAAAAAAUGUUAUUGAAUUAUUUAAAAAAAUUAUUGAAAUUUCUCAUGAAAGAGGUAUAUUAUAUGGUACUGAUGAAUUAAUGAAUUAUUUAAUUACAUGGAUUACAAAUUUAACUAAAUCAAGUAUUAGAUCAUUACGUUAUACAUCAACAGAAAUUGCAUUAGUCAUAUUAUUACAAUUUAGUACAAUUUCACAAUCAAUUGAUAAAAAUUUAGAAAGAUCUAAACAACAUUUGAUUAAAAAUAAACAAAAAUCAAGAGCUAAAACUAUUCAAAAUACUAUUGAUAAUUUUGAAGAUCAUAUACAAAAACUUGAUGAAUAUUUUGAUGAUUUAAGUGAAGUUAUUGGAAGUAGAUAUAAAGAUGUUGAUCCAUCUAUUAGAUCUAUUGUUGUUAAAAAUUUAAUUGAAGCAAUGAUUGAAUAUCCAUCAUAUUUUUGUCAAAGUGGUUAUUUAAAAUAUUGUGGAUGGUUAUUAAGUGAUACUAAUAAUAAUGUAAGAAAAGAAAUUACCAAGAAUUUAGCUAAACUAUUUAGAUCAAGUCAUUCAAAAGAAGAAUCAGUUCAAAAUCUUACACCUUUCACUCAGAAAUUUAAAUUAUUAUUAAUUAAUAUGUCUCAAAUCGAUAAUGAUGCACAAGUUAGAUUAAAUUGUUAUACUAUAUUAAUUGAUACGAUGAAAUUAAAUUUAUUAGAUGAUGAAAAUAAAAUUCAAAUAGUUACUGGUUUCCCAUUUGAAUCAAAAUCAUCUAAAGAAAUUACUGAAGCUAUUAAAUUUUUAAAAUUAUAUAUUGAUCAAGAAAAUGAUUCAGUUUUGGAAAAUUCUAUUGUAUUAGAUUCAAAUCAAUUUAAAUUAGAUGAAAUUGAAUUAAAAGAAUUAAUAAAAAUUAAAACAUUAAUAUCUGUAUUAAAACCAAUUAGUGAUAAAGAUUUGAAUAUAAUUUUUAAAGAAAUGAAUGAUGUAACUGAUGUUAAAUAUAUGGUUAAAUAUUUAUUAGCUGAUAUUGAUACUAUUACAGCUACAACAAAUGAAGAAGACGAAGAAGUAUCAAAUGAAGAUAUCGAAACUGCAAAAAAAUUAAUUGAAUUAACAGAAAAUGAAAAAUUAUUAAUUUUAAAAUUAAUAAAUUCAACAUUUCAACAAAAUCCAACAUUUAUAAUAAAUAAUUUACCAAAUUUACAAAAAUUUAUUUCAAAAUCAAAAGAAAGAUCAAGAGUUUUCAUUGAAUUAUAUCCUUUAAUAACAUCAUGUUUUAAAUCUUUUUCAACUGAACAUAUUGAUAAAUAUAUUGAAAUUUUAAAUAAAGAUAUUGAAGAUUUAAUUCAAUUGGAAGAAAAUACAGAUUUAGAUAAUGAUGAAAAGGAAAAAGAUUAUUUAAAAUUAAUUUCAAAUUAUCUUGAUUUUAAAAUUAUUGCUUCUGUAUUUGUUUCAUAUAUGAAUAUACCUUUCUUGAUUCAAAGGCAAUUAUUAAAAUUGUUUAUAAUUAAGGAAAAACAAUUAGCUAAAUAUUUAAAAAUAAAAUUGAAUUCUGGGGUUGAUAUAGUUGGAGUUGAUAGAGCUGAUGAGGAUGAAGAAGAAGAAGAAGAAAACCAAGAAGAAACUAAUACAAGUAACAUUGAUCAAGAUAAUGAUGAUGAUAAUGAAGAAAUUGUCGAAGAUGAAGAAAACCAAUCUCAAGAUACAGGUGAAAACAUCAAUGAAUCAAAUAAAGAUAAUAAUCCUCUAGAAAUUGAAACAAAACAAAAGAUGUGGGAAUUAGAAAAACAAUUAGCUUUAUAUUAUAUGAAAUUAAUUGAAUCAAAAAAUUUAUUGGAUGAAGAAAUAAUUGAAAGAUUAAAUAGAAAUAUUGAAUUAUUUGAUACUUUAAAAUUAAUUAAAAACAAAAUAGGUCAAUAG